AUGGUCAUCAAGAAUGAUGCAGCGGCAGUUGAGAUAGUCAGGGAAUCCUUACAUGCGGUGGCCAAGCUUACAAGAGGGACAGGUGAGUGCAGUAGGAAAUUAUGCCAUGAGUUAACAACAAAAUAUGGCAGGACAGCUGAAAACAUACUUUGGAUCUUGGGCAACAGUGACGACCAAGACAUGAGAAUGCACGCUGUCGAGAUUCUCUCGAGGCUAACUUUGGAUGCACCAAGAAUGCUUCAGUUUACUGUCGAGCUGCGACGCCUACUCCUUGAUUCUCAGGACAACCCACUGAGGACUGAGGCAGGGAAAGCACUGAUCGCCCGUGGAGACGAAUUUCCAGACAUUCAGCAGCUGGUCACAAUCAUGAGUGCUGAUGCCGCAUACAGUAAGGAGUACAGGACGGUACUUGAAGCGAUAGUGACUGAAACUACCCAGCUUGACAUGAGUAGCAGCAAGCUUCUCGUGUCGUCCUUAGGCCUCGCAGUGCAGAUACGCGAGAAGCUUGCGACAGCAGAGGCUUUUGCUUAUGCGCUCACAGGGCUUCCAUUAAUGGGGAACAAUAUUUUUGCAGAGAAGCUGAAGAGGAUCAUUGAGAUAACAAACGACUGUAAGAGCAAGGAUGAAGUCUGCGUGGCGAUCAUGAAGUCCGCGACUAAGCUGGUUACGUGGAUGACGGAAAUCGACACCGCCAUCAGCCCCGGUUAUUACAUGGAGUACUGCCGUGGAGGCCAUGGUUGA